AUGAAUAACCUUUGGUGGCGCCGUUUCACGCACGGAGAUCAACCAGACCAGGACAUACUUGCAGAUGAUGCAUUCUUGAAGAAUAAUUUUAUGGACCAUUUUGGAAUUUUGCUUCAGAAUGUUCAACUUAAUUGUUUCCUGACGUUUGACCAAGUUAUACACACAUUCUGGGACAAAGCCGACUACUACUUGCAGAUCUUUUGUGUCGCCGACGGGGCUGAUAUCGCAUAUAACAAUUCCACAAGCGCAUGGUUUGAUCCUGGUGUGCGCUUUGCAGCGGUCGUCUCACCAAAGAAUAUCCGCCCGUUUCAGGACACUAACUGGACCAUUUUUAUUGUUGGCUCUGCUGAAUUCGAUUCCAAGGAAAGGUUCUUACAGGUGGCCAGCUGGAAUGGUGAUGCCUUUCGAUUCUAUGGUCGUGGACCCCUUAGCCAUGAUUACAAUAUAAUUUCGUGGAUAUACCAAGGUUCCUCGUGGGAUGCUUUCAAACCUGAGUCAUCCUACCUUGGACCCUUCAAUGGUCACAUCAACGGUGCACCCAUAAUGAAGGAGCUCCAGAACCCCUGGUUACACUGGCACUCAGCUGCUGGAAGUGUCUCUCAAUGCCUUUCACCCGCACAAACCGAGUAUUUCAAGACGAAGCCAUACCUAUCAACAGAUGACUUGGUACUUGGCAAAGUAAAGUUCGCUGACCAGCUGGAGUCAAUUGUGAGGAGUGGCGUAUCGGAAUGGUACGCACAACGAAUGAAACAUGACUUCAAAGACAGUAAUGGGUCACUAAAGCAAUCUCCAUCGAAUAUACCAAGAUGGGUGGCUCAUUUGCUUCUGACAACCACUAUCAAUAUCCACUGUGGUGAGCUGAAUGGAGGCGACGAUACUCUGACUGUGCCUCCCAAUCACUUUUUCAACGAUGAAAUUCUGAAGUCUUAUCCUGGCAGCGGGAAGAUCUAUCCUCGUUUUGGAAGCCUAAGUGUGCGCCAUAAGGACUACGAAAAUGCCUGUAGUCAACUUGGUCUUGCCCUUCUGAAAGAGGUUUCCACAUUCGACAAUGUACCAGAGAACCUCCAAGUGACACUUUACCCAGGUUCCCUGGGGGCUGGGAAGCAUUCGGGAAACCGUACACAAGUCUUAUUCGCGAAAUGCUUGGUUGGAGAAGGCAGCGGCCCUUUCACGAUUCUCACACCAUCCCUUGAGGACAGUCGGGGAGUUCUGAACUUCCAGAAGAUUACAAAAAAUGUCUCAUUGGUCUCUCAAAAGCUAUUAGAUUGCUUGGUCAUGGCCGAUUAUUGGAACCCUGUUUAUUCUUGGAGGAGGGGGAUACUGAUGCAAUAUAUGCCAGCUUCAACGACUCUUAAAGGAAAGACUUACGAUCUGGAAGAGAACUUUAUCCAAGCCCUAAAGAGCUCGGCGUACGCCAAAUGCGCAGGCGAAGUGGAGAAUGAGUUCCUCAGGCUAUAUGAGUGUUACGACCUCGAUAGCCUGGCCAGCCGUAUUUCAAGCUACGUUGGAAAGGUCCAGCAGAAACUAAGAACAUCCGCAGGUGUACUGAACUACUUGUUGCUUGCUGAGUCACGGCGGAGAAUAUAUCGCCCUCUGCCUUUGAAUGAGUUUGGGCUUACUUUACCCUUCGCCGUCAAUUACCCGACGCGGGAGUCUCUUCCACUCAAAGAAAUGACGGAAUCCGGAGAAGUUGUCAACAUGCCAGAACGCGGGAAAAAGUUCCUCACAGAGUGGACUGGCACUCUGUGGUCUGAUGAGCCUAUGCUUUUGCCAUCUCCCAAGGCAUAUAGUUAUGAUAACAGUCCCCCUGGAUGCCUUGCCCCAACCUCGCCUCUCGCUCUGCCAAAGAAAGAGAGGACACCCAAGAGCUCUAUAAAAAGGAGCUAA